ACCGAAAGCAGAACAGAGAGGAAAACUGCACUAGCAGACUCACACACGUGGAAACUAGUGUGAUAACUUCAAUCAAAGAUGACAUCAUUAGCACAUCAGUUGAAGCGGCUGGCUCUGCCUCAGAAUGACUCUAAUCUGCUCAGCCGGAGAGUGGUGGCCUCUGUGCUCUUUGACCCUAAAGAUGCUGCCAGCAUGGACCGCAGCACCUUCUAUGCACUGGGCUGCACAGGACUUGAGGAGCUGAUGGGUAUUGAUCCAGCGUUCAGUGAGUUUCAGGAGACUCUGUUUAGUCAAGCCUCUUUGACUUUAGAACGCAGUGUUCAGACCAAAGAGGUCAACAAGAAACUGGACAAGAGCAUCUCACUCUUUCUCACUCGACUGUCACCUUACUUUCUGCUCAAGCCUGCUCUGAAAUGCAUUGAAUGGCUAAUACACAGAUUCCACAUUCAUCUGUUCAACCAAGACAGCCUGAUUGCUUGUGUUCUACCAUAUCAUGAGACUAAAGUGUUUGUGCGAGUGAUCCAGCUUUUAAAGAUUGAAGAUCCAACCCACAAAUGGCACUGGUUGCAUGGACUUCAGAAACCUGGUGUUCCCCUGGCCCGAGGAACUCUGCUCACACACUGCUAUAAAGAUUUAGGCUUCAUGGAUUUCAUUUGUUCUUUAGUCACAGAUUCAGUAAAGGCAUACUCUGGCUUUGUCCGGGAUGGGAACUGUCCGCAGCUGCGUGUGAUUUUCUCUUUCUAUGCAUCCACCAUUGUUUCUGCGCUUGAUGCAGUGGAGAAGAUAACUAACUCUAUUAUUGCCAAACUGCUUCCAUUUGUACAACUGGGCCUGAAAUCUAACCUUUUAGACUAUGUGGCUGCCACUUAUAUGAUCGUGUGUCAGAUGGCAGUGAAGGUAGUAAUGGAGGCUCAGCUGGUGGACUCUCUGACCGUACAGUUGUGCAAGUGUUUACGUCGAACACCUCAGCUGUCCAGAGAGGGUUUGAGCUGCAUUAUCAUCCUCUUGCAGAAUCAGAAAGAAGGUGUAGUAGGUCCAAAGGCAUUUGGGUACCUGUGUGCUAUCCCCACUCUGGUGUCCACUCUCCAUUGUAUAGCAACAGUCCAUGACAUCAGUCCCCUUCUGCGUUAUCUGCUGCCCCAUCUUAUACAUUCUGUGAUGGCCCAGGAUGAUGAGCAGCAGAAUGAAAGUUUGUCAGACAGUGCUGGACUAUUACAGUCCGUGUUUCAGGACCUUCAACUCUCCAGCAACCUGGAGAACACUGCAGCCAAGCUGCUUCUUGAGGAGUAUGUUUCCUGCAGCAGUGAGCUUCCCUCGGAUAGGAUUUCAGCUCUUAAUCAGAAAAUUCAAUCUACUGUACGACAGUUUGAAUCCAGGUAUCCAUGUGCACUGGAUGUGGCAUUGGAAAAUCAUGCCAAAAAUGUGUCGUCUGACCAUGAAAAAUGCGUGCUUCAUCAGUUCAUCUCUCUAACUAUGAGCUGUGGAAAAUAUCAAAUCUUGCCAGAUUCAGACACCUCUCUGAUUCUCAGCCUGAAUCAUCCACUACCUUCUGUGAGAAAUAUGGCUGUAGACUACCUAAAGGAGAUCCUCACCUCAGAACAUAAUGGCUUUGAUGAGGCAUUUCUGAAGGAUGCAUUGCUGGAGAGAAUAAAGGAUGAUGUGCCAGAGAUUGUGCUGUCUGCCCUUAAAGCUUUGCAGCUUCACAUGGACCUUAUGGAUGCGGAGGAGACUGUUUCCUGUUUGAUUUCACUUCUUCAUCGCAUCAAACCAUCAGCAGACUGGUUAGUCUACACAAUCCAACCUGAACAGACUUCUAGUGAGGAGGUAAAUGAGUGUCUGCCAGUCUGUGUGAUAUUGGGUGAGUUUCUGCAGAAAAUGAGCUCUGGCAUCAAUGCAGAGAGAGAACAAGGCCUCCUUCUGCUGUCACUCCUGCGGCUUUUCAUCACGGCACUCAAAUGUCCAGAUUCUGCAUUUAAAGAUGAGCCAUGGUGGAACCCGGAGAAAAUGGACGCCAAUACCUGCUGUUACCUGCAUCUCAUGUUCCGUCUGUUUGACGUUGUGAUAUCAGGGGCCAGUCAAGGGCCCUUGGCUCCAUGCUUCAAGAGCCUGAUGCAGCCUCUGUUACAGGUUCACCUGAAUGAGCCAAUAACCCUGUUUAAGUUCCUCUCUCUUUUAUGGGGCUACAACAGUAAUUUGGGUGAUCAGUUGGAUUGUCGAGUUAGUGCCAUACUGCAAACUCAGGCUCUUUAUGUGGGAAAGGCUUUGCUUUGCAGUCAGCCAAUAAAAACCCUCAAUGUGCUGGCAUCAGGUUCCUCACCAGUGGUGCCGUCCUUGCUGAUGUGUCUGUGUUCAGGCGUCUGUGAAGUUCGGAGAGCUGCCAUUGCUUUGCUCCACUCUCUCUCAGGGGUCGUUUCAUCACCUUAUUAUCCACUGGUAGAGAACCUCCUCAAAUCAUCAGAAGAGAUCAUCGCUGACCCAUCAUACCUCAGCCAGGCACUGUCCAAGGUGUACGAGGAGGGACUGAUAUUGAAAGAUAAAAAGAAAAAGCUGGCAUCGAUUGAGCAGCUCCUUCAGUGUGUGCAGUUACCUUGCUGCCCUGCCUACACCUGCAAAACACUGCUGCGAGCACUUCAGGACAUUCAUGGAGAGCCCAUUUUGGCCGUUCUUCUGCCUGCUGUGGAGCGACUUCUCGAGCAGUGUGCUCCAGACUCAUGCACCUUCCUGCCAGAUGAGGCCCACCUCCUGCAGCUCCUGCUUAGCAAGUUCAGUGAGGCAUCUGCACCUAUACUGGUCAAAGACCCUCGAUGCCUAGAGGUCUUCAUUAGGGCAUUGGGCACCUCAGCAAAGCCGUACCCUACUAUGCCUAGUUUCCAGAUUAUUGCCCUGGAGCAGAUCACCAAGCCGUUCUUCACUGCUCUUGGAGAUGAAAAGAUUCAACAGAAAAUUAUUUCUGUUUUAUUUGACUUGCUGGUGGGGAACAAAAACCCUGCAUGUGCCCAGACUAUAAACAGUGUAUUUAAAGUGAUUGCUGUGGAUGCAGAGCUAGUGGCCAAUGAGCUGAUGCCUGUAGAUAAACAAAAAGUUACUGCUACAGUUCAACAAACACGCAGGAGUAAAAUGCAAACAAGAAAAACACAAGAAUCAUCCGGGGUAGUUCCAGAGGAGAAUGUUGUCUCUUGGCCAAGAGUUACCCUUAUUUUAGAGCUGCUGCAACACAAGAAAAAGCUAAGGAGAGCCCAGUGUCUUGUGCCCGCUCUGUUUAAUCUGCUCUCCAGAUGUCAGGAGCCUGCCUCAGCUGAACAGGAAAAUCUUGAGUACACAAAACAACUUAUCCUCAGCUGCCUGCUGAAUGUCUGUCAGAAACUGUCUCCUGAUGGAGGGCCUAUCAGCAAAGAUGUGCUGGAGGAGGAUAAAUUUAACGUGGAGCUGGUAGUGCAGUGUGUCAGGAUAUCAGACAUGCCCCAAACUCACCAUAAUGCUCUCCUUUUGCUCGGUGCUUUGGCGGGUGUCUUUCCUGAGAAGGUUCUUCACAACAUUAUGCCCAUUUUUACAUUUAUGGGCUCCAACAUCAUGCGGCUGGAUGACACUUACAGCUUCCAGGUCAUCAAUAAGACUGUUCAGGCAGUCAUCCCUGCUCUUAUAAAGGCCAAUGAGGGUGGAAGUGCCCAGUCUGAGGGGCAUAUGGAGACUGUGGUAUCACAUAUCGUGCAUGUGUUUGUUGAUGCCCUGCCUCAUGUGCCUGAGCACAGACGCUUACCUAUUCUCAGCCAGCUGAUGAACACACUGGGGCCGUCUCGCUUCCUCUGGGUCCUGAUGCUGCUCCUGUUCAAACAGCAUGCCACACAAACUUCUGUCAGUGCAACUGGGGCUGAAAAGGAGGCUGUUGUAGAAAGAGAUCAGGAAUUCUGGAUUUCGGUGUGCUGUGAGUUUGAGAUAAAGGAGCAGCUGACCUCCAUGAUCAGAAUCUUGCAGUAUCUCAUGACUCUACCACAGGACAGAGAAGAAGCUCCAGAGAAAAAGAGGACCCGUGGAAGAAGUGCGGUGAAGAAGGAAGAAACAGUCUCUGAUGUGAUCUUCAACGUAGAGGCUCAUAGUGGCAAGGACCUCCGCCAUUUUAAAUUCCUCUCCGUCUCUUUUAUGGCUCAGCUUCUGGGCUCUGACAGAUUUGUUGGGAAGGUGGCUGACUGUGAGGACCUAACAGAAAGUACCUUGCAGGCUCUUCAGCAGAAUCUACUUGAGGAGGUUCUGCGCUACAUCCAUGCAGUUGCUCGAUGUGUAGAGGAUAAUGCAGACAAACCCACAGCUAAGUUCUGGAGAGCUCUGCUCAGCAAGUCCUAUGACAUCCUGGACAAGGUUAACGCCCUGCUACCCAUGGAUUCCUUCAUUAUGGUAAUGAGAGGCCUGAUGGGUAAUCAGUUGGCAUCAGUAAGAAGGAAGGCCAUGGAGUUACUCAAUAACAAAUUACAGCAGCGAACGCAGUGGGUGGAAGAACAGAUUACUGUGCUUCUGGAGCUCAUUGGCGUCCUCCUAAAAAUCGUGGGUCGGAGUCACGGACAGGUCACGGCACCGGAAGAAGAAGAGCUGGCUAUCAAUCGACAGACAGCCCUUUACAGCCUUAAGCUUCUAUGCCGGAAUUUUGGCUCAGCCCACCAGGAGGCAUUUGUACCAGUGCUGAAAAAAGCAGUGGAGCUUGUUGCUAAUAAAGACGAGGAGAAGAACGUCAUGGGAAGUGCUCUGCUGUGUGUAGCUGAAGUGACCAGCACACUGAAGGCCCUCGCAAUACCACAGUUGCACAGCCUGAUGCCUGCAGUGCUAGACACUCUAAAGGAGAGGAAGGACCUGCUGAACAAUGAAAUCUACCUGCUGAGUGCUGUCACAGCUCUACAGCGCGUAUCAGAGACGCUACCACACUUUAUCAGCCCCUACCUGGAGGACACCAUCUCACAGAUCGCCUGCCUAACUCUGCUAGCCAAACGACUGACAUCUUGCCCUCAGCUGUCUGUACGUCUCUCCUCGCUCAGUGCCACUCUUGCCACAAAGGUGCCUCCAAGGGUCCUCAUUCCCACCAUUACAAAAUGCUAUUGCACCAUGGUGGAUGCUCAGCAGAACCGUCUUGGUCCUCUGAUGAUCAUCCUGAAGGAACAUAUAACUCGCAUGGAGAAGGACCAACUCAACAACCACCAAUCAGAGCUCACUUCCUUCUUCCUGUCUGCUCUUGAUUUCCGUACCCAGCAUUGCCAGGGGGAUCUGAAGAAGACUGGUGAGAUCGAGGGCUAUGUGAUUGACUGUCUGCUAGUGAUGGUUAUGAAACUUUCAGAAGUCACCUUCAGACCUCUCUUCUUCAAAUUGUUUGACUGGUCAAAGAUGGAUGGUGCUUCUAAAAACCGCCUGUUGACGUACUACAGACUGGCAGACAGUAUUGCCAACAAACUCAAAGGACUGUUUGUGUUGUUUGCUGGGCAGCUGGUCAAACCCAUCUCUGAAUUGCUGCAUCAGCUCAACAUUUCCCACACAGAAAAACCCUUCUUCGAUUCAGAUGAUGAGGAGGAAGAGGAUUCAGAUGAUGAUGAUGAAGACAAUGUGGCAAAGAGCAGCCUGCUGCUGCAGCAUGUGUUGGACUGCCUCCAUAAAAUCUUCCUCUAUGAUACUCAGCGCUUCCUCAGUAAGGAGAGGGCUGAUGCACUCCUAGGCCCCCUGGUGGAUCAGUUGGAGAACAUGCUAGGAGGAGACGAGAUCUACAAGACCCACAUUACCAAGCAUUUGGUGCCCUGUAUUGCCCAGUUUGCCGUUGCUAUGGGAGAUGACUCACAGUGGAAAGUUCUCAAUUAUCAGAUUCUUCUCAAGACACGACACAGUUCACCCAAGGUGCGUUUCUCUGCACUUGUCAUGCUGCUGGAGUUGGCAAGCAAGCUGAGGGAGAACUACAUGGUUCUUCUGCCAGAGACUAUCCCAUUUCUGGCUGAGCUUAUGGAGGAUGAAUGUGAGGAAGUGGAGCAGCAGGUGCAGAAGGUCAUUCAUGAAAUGGAGACUAUCCUUGGUGAACCACUGCAAAGCUACUUUUAAUCCCACCCGGGACUGAUUUCAUACCAUCACAGGCACUUCUUACACCCUUUAAUUGUGCAUUCGUUAUCCUUGUACAGUAUUUGGUGAUGAACUGCUCUGCUGGAACAUGUGUCUGCCCAGCAGUUCUACCUGCACACCUUAUCACUGACUAACAGCUCAACCUGUCCUACCUUUGUGUCCAUGUAUAUGUAAAUUUAAAAAGCCACAAAUUUUGGAAGCCAAAAAUCACUGGAUGCCACAUGCUUUACAGUAGGGUUAUAUAAAACCGACACACAUGAUGUUUAAAUGUGUCUAUUGUUUUUAAAAAAGUAAUGGUUUUAUAUUGAAUUUUCUAAUGCAUACCGAUGUACCUCUCUGGAAUCUGAAUAUCAUAAAACGAUGAGGCUGGAAAAUGUGCAUUUGUGUUUGGUAGGAAUCUGGGUAUACUAUUUGACCGUAGUCUUUCAUUUGAAAGCCACAUCUCCAGCAUUUGUAAACUGCAUUUU